AACAAAAGUAUAAACCAUAAACCACAGAUCUUUGUCUUCAAUUUCUGUCUUUUGGGUUAUCAGAAGCUUCUUCAGCAUAGCAUAAUAAUGGAGGAAGGAGCCGUUUCGAAACCACUGGCCGCGGUGGCUUGCGCGGCCAUGGCCUUAUCCUAUGUCGCCAUUCUCUACGCUCCGACUUUAGUCCUUCGCCUCCGGCCACCGCCUUCCGUGAAAGACUUCAUGAUCCGACGGUUCAUAUGCGCCGCUACUUCAUCUCUUGUCUCUGUUGUCUUCUGCUAUCUUAUCCUUCCCUGGCAAGCUGUGGUGUUUCCUCUCUCAUUGACUUGUUUAAUGUAUGCUGGAUCAUUGGUCCUCAAGUCUCUGUUAUUGAUCGACUCGAUUAGUAGAUACGCGAAUUCUAGCGGAGUUACUGCUUGUGGAUGUAUCAAAUAUGCCCUGAAAAGUCUACUAGAAUGGGGACUCUCGAUUACUUCCAAUAUUUUGGCUUGGCGCAAUUAUGUCGUGGCUCCACUUACUGAAGAACUGGUGUUUAGAGCAUGUAUGGUACCGUUGCUUCUCUGUGGAGGUUUCAAAAUAAGCAGCGUCAUAUUCCUAUGCCCUGUUUUCUUCAGCUUGGCUCAUUUAAACCAUUUUAUGGAGGUCUACAGCAAGCAAAACUAUAACUUCAUUAAAUCUUUCUUGGCUGUAGGUUUUCAGCUGGGUUACACCCUGAUCUUUGGCUCUUACGCGUCCUUUCUCUUCAUUCGCACUGGGAAUCUUCUCGCUCCAUUGGUAGCUCACAUAUGUUGCAAUUUUAUGGGAUUGCCAGUGCUUUUCUCAAGAAGCAAAGGCAUAGUCAGUGUGGCAUUUCUAGCUGGAUUGUUUGGUUUCAUGUGGCUUCUUUUUCCGUUGACACAGCCAGAUUUGUACAAUGAUAGAACAAAUAACUGCAAAUGUUGGCAUGGAUAUUGCUCUUGGAGUGAACCUGUAAAGUCUUCACUGUAAAUCAUUAACGAAAAUGAAACCUUGCACCAUUGCUAACACACCAUGUGCUCUCAUUUUCCAGUUGAUAGCUUCUCAAAUUUUAUUUGUUGAGAAAUCAGGCUAAUUUUUACGCCUCACUUGUAAAACGAACUUUAACUCGGUUUUAUGUGGUAAUUUUUGCCAUAAAACUUUAAUAAGAUACAAAACCUGUA